AUGAACCUGGGGUUACACGCCUUGACGUUGUCGUUGUUUUUUAGUUCUAUUGUAGUUUACUGUGGUAGGGAUUUUUAUGCCAUCCUAAAUGUACCUCGUGAUGCAAAUAAAAGUGAAAUCAAAAGAGCAUACAGAUCACUUGCUAGCAAGAUUCAUCCCGAUAAAAAUCGUGAAGAUCCAGAAGCUGACCAAAAACUCCAAGAUGUAAAUGAAGCUUACGAAGUUCUCAGCAAAGAUGACAAGCGUAAACUUUACGAUCAGUACGGUGAAGAGGGUCUGAAAAGUCAUGGAGAACAUGAUUUUAAUCCAUUUGGUUUUGCCCGAUCUCCGGAAGAAGCACCACGUGGAGGUGAUAUUGUUAUGGACCUGUGGGUUACUCUGGAAGAACUCUAUGUGGGGAACUCUGUAGAAGUGACUAGGCGUAAACUGGUCAAAAUGCCUGCACGUGGAACUCGGAAGUGCAACUGUCGUAUGGAGUUACAUACAACAGUCCUAGGCCCUGGUCGUUUCCAGAUGCACCAAGAACAAGUCUGUAGCGACUGCCCAAACAUCCAGUUUGUACCUAAGGAAAGAAACCUCUAUGUGGAAAUUGAGCCAGGAAUGAGAGAUGGGUAUUUUUAUCCAUUUGAUGGCGAAGGGGAACCUCAUUCUGAUGGUGAAUCAGGUGAUCUGAAAUUUCGUAUUAAACAAAAAAAACACAAUAUAUUUCAUCGACGAGGUGAUGACCUAUACACUAACAUCACUCUAACUCUGGUCCAGUCGUUGAAUGGAUAUCAUGUUUCAUUUCCACAUUUGGAUGGCCAUCAAGUUGUUAUCUCAAGUGAUCAUGUAACCUCUCCAGGGACAAUUAUUUAUAAACCAAAUGAAGGAAUGCCUAAUUUUGAAAAUAAUAAGCGUCGUGGUUCUCUUUACAUUACAAUCGAUGUUCAGUUUCCUGAAAACUUUAAAAUCCCCGAAGAUAAACGUAAAAUGAUUGCAGAACUUUUUCAUUCAUCCAGCACUAGCACCACCAAUACUCUUUCAUCAUCUCAGCCUGAUCAACCAACACCAGCCCAAAUUUACAAUGGUAUAGAUGGAGGUAGCAAAAAGAUAAAUGUAAAAAAUUAA